CAGCUCCAUCAGCCAAGUAUAUCUGUUCAUGUAAACAACACCAGCCAAUCCGGAAACAGAAGGGCGGGGCGUCGGCGUCAGGAGGCGUGUUCUGAUCUCCAAGUCUGCAGUCAUGAAACUUUGUGAAAGUUCAGUCCAGUUUGUUGUUGGUCCUCCUGCGCGUGCUGCCUGCGCUCCCUGUACCGCAUUUUCUUCACGACUUUCUUAUAAAAGCAAUAAUUAUGCACAGCAAUGGAUGUCUACCGCAAAUCUUUUCUUUUAUUCUUCUCUGCAUCGGCCUGAAAGCGACCUCAGCACAAACUGUCAUGUAUGAGACAGACAUGGUCAUCCCGCAGGAGCUGCGACAGGAGGAGGUGCACCUUCUCCGGGGAGCCUACAGGUGGAGCGGUGGUCGCAGACGACGUUCGGACCCUCAGCCGGAAGACCGCCUGUUUCUGCGUCUUCCCGCUUUCGGAAAGGAACUGUACUUGCAGCUCCAGAGGGACGACUCUUUCCUGGCUGAGGGCUUUGUGACGGAGGAGAGGAGCAAGGAUGGCAGCAUUCAGCUUGAGCCGCUUUUCAGGGUCCGGCGGUGUUUCUAUACCGGAUCUGUUCUUAAUCACACUGACUCUUUCGCCUCAUUGGACGCUUGUGGUGGACUGACGGGCCUGGUUCAGACUGCAGACGACAGCCUGUUCAUAGAGCCAGUGGGCCGGACCCUGGAUUACUUCUCUGGCUCUGAACACAGACUGAUCCGACAAAAGCAUUCUUCCUCAGACAAAUCUGCUUCUCCUGUAGACAGCCGACCCAAAUUCUGCCAAACCAUCCAAGACAAGAAGAAGGAUAAGAUAUCGAAAGGAGCAGAGGAGGCUCGUGGCAGGAGGAAUGCCAUCAGAUUGAGCAGGGAGUACACGCUGGAGACUGUAGUGGUGGCCGAUGAAAACAUGGUCCAGUAUCAUGGUGCGGAUGCCGCGCAACGCUUUCUGCUCACCGUCAUGAACAUGGUGUACAACAUGUUUCAGCAUCAGAGUUUAGGUGCGAGGUUGAACAUCCGGGUCACCAAGCUGGUUCUCCUGCACACCCGUCCGGAAAAGCUGAAGGUGGGCCAUCAUGGAGAAAAAGCUCUGCAGAGCUUCUGUCACUGGCAGCAUGAGGAAUACGGCACACGUUUCCUAGGCAACAAUCACAUCCCCGGAAGCAGAGAUGACCCGCCUCCUGUGGAUGCUGCUGUGCUGGUCACCAGAACAGAUUUUUGCGUCCACAAAGAUGAGCCUUGUGAUACAGUUGGAAUUGCUUACCUGGGCGGCACCUGCAGUCCCAAGAGGAAGUGUGUACUGGCGGAGGACAACGGACUCAACCUGGCCUUUACCAUCGCUCAUGAGCUGGGACACAACAUGGGCAUAAGCCACGACGACGAUCAUGCCACUUGCACAGGCCACUCCCACAUUAUGUCUGGUGAAUGGGUCAAAGGUCGUAACCCAAGUGACCUCUCCUGGUCCACCUGCAGUCGUGACGACCUGGAAAAGUUCCUCAGAUCCAAGGCCAGUUCCUGUCUGCUGCACACAGACCCGCGUAACCGCUACCUCAUUCAUCUGCCUGCCAAACUGCCCGGCAUGCACUACAGCGCAGACGAACAGUGCCAGAUUCUCUUCGGCACCAAUGCCACCUUCUGUACUGAUAUGGAGCAUCUGAUGUGUGCGGGUCUAUGGUGUUUGGUAGAAGGAGACAAGUCAUGUAAGACCAAACUGGAUCCACCGCUGGACGGCACUGAAUGUGGCGCUGACAAGUGGUGUAGAGCGGGUGAGUGUGUCAGUAAGACUCCCAUCCCUCAGCAUGUAGAUGGGGACUGGAGUUCAUGGGGUUCAUGGAGCAUGUGUAGUCGAUCGUGCGGCACCGGAGCACGCUUCAGGCAGAGAAAAUGUGACAACCCCCCGCCCGGUCCAGGAGGAAGAUACUGUCAGAAGGUCAGCGUGGAACACAAAGUGUGCGAGGGACCACCUUGUCCCAAAGGUCUGCCCACGUUUAGAGAUCAACAGUGUCGGUCUCAGGACCGUCAGGCCACAAUGAAGAAAAACCAAAUGAUGACCGCUGUGAUCAAUGAUGAGAGGCCGUGUGCUCUGUACUGUACGCCGGUUGGCAAGGAUGCUCCAGUGUUAGUGGCGGAUCGCGUGCAGGACGGAACACCAUGCGGACCCUACAUGAGUGACCUGUGUGUUAACGGCAAGUGUCAGAAAAUCGGCUGUGAUGGGAUCAUCGGUUUGUCCGCUAAAGAAGAUCGGUGCGGCGUCUGUAACGGCGACGGCAAAUCCUGCAAAAUCAUCAAAGGCGACUUCAAUCACUCCAGAGGGAUGGUCCACCGUAGCCAUUGUAAGAAGGUUUCUACGUGUGUGAUGUCGAAACCCAGAGCUGUUCUCAAGUGUUUCUCAUGUUACAUCGAGGCAGCUGUCAUUCCGGUGGGAGCUCGGCGAAUCAAAGUUGUGGAGGACAAGCCGUCCCAUAGCUUUCUGGCUCUGAAGGACUCCAGCAAGCAAUCCAUUAACAAUGACUGGAAAAUCGAGUUGCCAGGGGAGUUUGAGCUUGCUGGCACAACGGUCCGCUAUGUGAGGAGAGGACUGUGGGAAAAGAUGUCUGCCAAGGGACCCACCAAGACUCCACUCCACCUAAUGGUUCUUAUGUUUCACGAUCAGACGUACGGGAUUCACUACGAGUACACUGUAGCUCUGAAUCAGUCGCAAGAGAAGAGCAGCGAGACGGUGAAAGUAACCAAACACAUGUACCUGUGGACUCACAGCAGCUGGGAGGACUGUACCGUGCAAUGCGGCGGAGGUGAGAGAAGGACUGUGGUAUCAUGCAUGAGAAUCCUCAACAAGACCAUGAGCCAAGUGAACGACAGCUACUGUCAGAUUGAGAACAGACCAGCGCCACAGAUUCGCAAGUGUAACACGCACCACUGCCAGUACAGGUGGGUCACCGGUGAGUGGGGACAGUGUUCAGUUACUUGUGCUAAAGGUCUCCAGCGGAGGGACGUCGGCUGUGUCUACCAGCUUCAGAACGGCACGCAUAUUCCCACCAGAGACCUGUACUGCCUCAGCUCCAAACCCUCAGUCGUACAACACUGUGAGGGCCGAGACUGUCUCACCGUUUGGGAGGCGUCCGAGUGGUCCAAGUGCUCAUCUGAAUGCGGUCGAGGCAGCAGGACGAGGACGGUGACCUGCAGAAAUCCUCAGGGUCUCUGUCCAGCGUCUCGCCCUCCAGAGGAGGAAACCUGUGAGGAUCUCAGCAAAUGUUACGUGUGGAAGACCGGCGAAUGGUCAAAGUGCUCGUCAUCAUGUGGGCAGGGCUUGCAAUCCCGAGUGGUUCAAUGCAUGCACAAAGUGACCGGUCGCCAUGGCAGCGACUGUCCAGGAGUUCUGAAGCCCCCCGCUUACAGACAGUGUCAUCAGGGGGCAUGCAACGUAAAAGUCAACGUCAACACCAUCACGUCCCCUCGACUCGCUGCACUGACGUACAAGUGCACAGGUGACCAGUGGGCGGUGUACUGCCGGGUGAUCCGAGAGAAGAACCUGUGCCAGGACAUGCGCUGGUAUCAACGAUGCUGCCAAACCUGCAGAGACUUUUACACCAGCAACAUGCCAGCAAACAGUUCCUGAUCCAGCACGCAGAGGUGUAAUUCAUUUCUGCCUGUUACAUAUGUACUUUCCAGAACAAUGUGUCAUAUUCUUGUUACGAAUGAAAAUGAAAUCAGCUUACAAGAUGCACGUGAGAUUCCCAAGCAUGCUUUCGAGGACAUAAACAUUAAUUAUUCAAGUAUGUGAACACAGAUACUUGUGAUUCAUAAAACAACGGAAGUACAGUACGCAGAUGUUAUGGUGCCGAUAGGUUAUAAGCUGACUGUUUGGAAGGCUCAAUUCUGAUUGGUCAGUCGUGUCUAAUAUUCUUCAACAACCUCCGCUCAUCCCGACUCCCUAACUAGCGCUACUUACAGUACAUGCAUCACGUAAUAACUAAUAAACUAUUUUAUCUCUAACAAUUAUUUGCAUCAUGUGACCUGUAGUCAGUGUUGAAGGUCACUCUAUCGCCCCCUGUGUUCAGAUCACUAUAUUGCUUGUUAAGUACGUCAGUUUGCGUACUUGCAUAAAGGAUGUUUCUGGCCUCCGAGUUUUAUUUGACUUGAAAUGGUUUCAUGUUUGUUUUGCUGUAAAUGAAACCUGGGUCAGCACUGGCCUGCCUGUGGCAUUGUGGGUAAAGCUGAAUUAUGAAUCAUUCUUCAGAGCAAUCACGCCAUGUUUGCUUUCUUAUGGCCACUGGUUGGCCAAAUAUGUUUGCAACACAUUUUAUUCCUUUAUUUUAUUUCUUUUGCUGGUAAAUAGUCUCUGUUAGAAAAACCUCACAAGGUGCCUGCAUAGGCAGCAAGCUUCUUAAAUGAAAUGAAACUUCAUUCAUAGGUAGCAAACAAAUUCCACUUGAUACAUGAAGUGUUUCGGAGCAGAGACAAAAUAAUGCCUGGUGUUAUGUUUAUUGAUGAAAAGCCAUCUAGAUGCACUCAAGCCGAUCAAAAGUGACCCGAGUUUCUCUUUAGUGUGUUUUAACAGAACUGAGGCUCACUUGGAGACGGCACGCAAUGUGACUGCUUGUUCUCGUCUACUUUAAUCACGGUGCAAUUGAACAUUGACCUGUUGGCUGUUUAUAAUCACAUUAUUAAUCACACUUUGUGUAGGUUUACAUGUUUUUGUGUUUUUUUAAUACAUUUUUAAUGUAAAUGAAGCUCUACUGCGGUGUAAAGGUGAAAAACAUCACAGAUGAUCCUCAUAAAAUGUUAAAGGGUUCGCGCUGUAAAUAAUGAUUUUUCUAUUCAGUUUUUUUUUGUCUGGUUUUCUAGUACAAGUAUCUAAAUAUUCUUAAGGUACAUUAACUUGAAAAGCAAAAUGACUAAAAAAUAUCAAAGUUCACUUGUUGCCAGUGAGGUUAGAGAAAUAAACAUACUUCAAAGGGGAAAACAAGAUUAGUUUUCUUACUCCAUUGGCAGUAGGUGUUGUUUUCAAUUAUUAUUUUUUAUUAUUAUAUACAGUAUUAUAAAUCUAUAUUCAAAACAUUAAAACAUUUUGCUUCUCAAUUGUAUAUAUGCACCAAAAAACAUAUUCUCUCAUUGAUUACUCAACUUUAUGUCUUUCCAAAUCCAUAUGGUGGUUAGGAUGAUAUGAUGAAAGUAAGUGAUACAUUCGUGAGGACACAAGGUUGAGAACAUGAUGAGAGAGUUCAGUGUCGUGUGUUUGUUUGAAUGUAAGAAUCGCGUCUAUCUGAUGGUGCUGUGUUAUCACAAUGAGAGCUGCUCUUGACAUUCAUCGUUUAGUGUCUUUCUCAAUUAAGUUGACGAAGCCGGAGGAAUUCUUGCAUUUCUCACUUCGUGAAAUAUAUGUAAACACAUAGACCGUGUGUGAAAAAGAUAAUAAUGUGAUAUAAAAUAAAACUAUUCAAACUCUUCUUUUCCUCCCGUUUGAAGACACUUUAAUCCUGGGUUAAGCAGAGUUUCACAAAAAUGAAUAAGCACUUUUUGAAGCCAGAAUUGCGAUGCCUUGCUUUAGAGUUGAGUUUGCACCAAAGACAUUUUGUGUCAAGCUUGACAAAACGCUGUUUUUAGCAACAGACAAUCAAUCAAAAGUUAUGUUUGCAAUUCAAUAUUUGUGUACGUUGUAUAGUCAAUGUAAAAGCCAGGUGAAAACAAUGUAAAACUUCACAAAGAGACCUUUAUUUUUAACAUUUUAGCCUGAAAAGAGUUAAAAAAUGACCUUCAAUUUCAUAAAUAAAUGCAUUUUUGGUCAUAAAACGGGGUUACAACAAGUUUGUAGCAUCUGCAUGUAUGCAUACAAGAGUUUAAAAAGGUUGGGAUCUGGUAAAAUGUGAAUUAAAGAUGAAACAUUUGCAUGCCAUGAAACCAUAUAUACUGUAUAUAAAACUAGAUGCCUCAUUCGAGCUUUCGAUGAAGAAGUGGCCGCCAUCUUGGAACGCUCCACUGACGUCACUCACAGUUACAUUGAAUUCCUGAAAAAUGGGAUAACUUUUAAAUACGUUUUCAUAAUCAUAAACGUGUAUCAGCUUGCUUUUGAAUAGUAACGGACUGGCUUUCAGGGUUGGCAGAUUUUUGUAACAAAAUCAAUCAUGAAAAGCCUAAUGUCCCUAGUCCAAACAACAGAACUUAACAUUCAUAAUUAAAACCAUCUUAAGAUCAACUGCUAAAUAGCAAACUCCUUCCACUUCUGCCCUCCAAAUAAACACCCCACAGCAACAGUUUAUUCCACAAUUCCAUAGGAAAAACAGAUCAGUUCAAUAUGGCGGACGACCUUCGUAUAGCGGCACAUAGAAACAGCUGCUAAUGCGUCAUCUAGUUAUAUAUACAUCUAUGCAUAAAACAGCCACAUGGCCAAGGGCAACACUGCAUUAUGUGUGUGUCUGUGUGUGUUUGUGCCUCUGAGAUUGUUGAUUUAGAGACCUUGAAAGCACAAGGUUACAAAAGGUGCUUGACAAAUUUCACUACUGUGAAAUUCUUUUUUUUGGUCACGUUUUGUUCUCGUACCUGUGUAUGUAUUUAAAGAUUAAAUGUUUGUUUGUUUGUUUGAUGUCAGGAUUAUUUAAUACAUAAAGAUGUAACUACCUGCUUCAUAUGGUAUUCAGCUGUAGUGAAACUUGUAUUCCAGUACUGUACUGUUUCGCACAUGUUUGCUACAUGUACUGCAACUUUUAAUGGUGCUGAUUUAAACAUUGCAAACUGUUCAUACGGUAAACUCAAAUAAACCAUUUAUAUUGUG